CAGUUAUUCAAUCUAUUCCUCAGGGACCCCCAGACACCUGAUUCUUUAAUGAAGGGUUUGAUUAUUUGCUGACAAGUCUUAUUUGGUUAGCUAGUUUUGGAACAAUUGAAAUACAUGGUACAGCUGGGGAUCCCUGAGAAAAGGUUGAAUACCUGUGUUUAGGUGUUUGCUUGCUACAAAAAACAACUAAGAGUUAUCCACCAAGUCUAGCUUACCAACCAGGGACACAGCUAACAAUAAUCAGGAACUGAACCCGGUUGUGGUGAGAAUCUGUGUUAAGCCUAUUAGGCUAAACUUCAACAGUAUUGUGUGAGAGACGUCCACCAUCAACAUUCCAAUGCCUUUACUUUUCCUGGAGAGAUUUCCCUGGCCCAGUCUGCGGACCUACACAGCGCUGAGUGUGGCUCUGCUUGCGGGAAGCAUCUUCAGCGCCUACACUACUGUGACAGAACAGGGGUUUGGGUUUCCCGACCUGGAUGAGCCUCCGCCACCUGCCCCCUCAGAAGGGGAUAAUAGAGGCGGCGGCCUAGGUCUAGAACAUAUAACCACUAGUGAUGUUGCGGAUGCGGAUACAGAGCUGGCGACCACUGUUAUGUGGUACCUCGUCACUGACAGUCUAUUUGUAUGGGUGUUGGUGAAUACAGCUUGCUGUUCUCUGAUGUUGGUGGCUAAGAUGAUCCAGUGCAUAGUGUUUGGACCCCUCCGAGUCAGUGAGAAGCAGCACCUGAAGGACAAAUUCUGGAACUUCAUUUUCUAUAAGUUCAUCUUCAUCUUUGGUGUUCUGAACGUUCAGACAGUGGAAGAGGUGGUCAUGUGGUGUCUAUGGUUCUCUGCCCUGGUCUUCCUCCACCUCAUGGUCCAGCUGUGCAAAGACCGCUUUGAAUAUCUUUCCUUCUCUCCGACUACUCCUAUGAACAGCCACGUGCGUGUCUUGGCCCUACUGGGUUGUCUGCUGCUGGGCUGCUGUGGUCUGGCCGUAGUCUGUGGCCUCCUGGGAGCCGCCCAUGGCAUGCACACCCUUUCCUUCAUGGCUGCUGAGUGUCUGCUGGUCACGGUACGAACUGGACAUGUCAUCAUGAGAUACGCCAUCCACCUGUGGGACCUGAACCACCCAGGCACCUGGGAAAAUAAGGGAUCCUAUGUCUACUACACUGACUUCAUCAUGGAGCUGGCAAUGCUGUCCCUGGACCUCAUGCACCACAUCCACAUGCUGCUGUUUGGUAACAUCUGGCUGUCAAUGGCUAGUCUAGUGAUCUUCAUGCAGUUGAGGUAUCUGUUCCACGAGGUGCAACGCCGUGUUCGACGCCAUAAGAACUACCUCCGCGUCAUCAACAAUAUGGAGGCCAGAUUUGCAGUGGCCACAGAAGAAGAACUUGUGGCCAACAAUGAUGACUGUGCAAUCUGCUGGGACUCCAUGCAAACAGCACGCAAACUGCCCUGUGGACACCUCUUCCACAAUUCCUGCCUGCGGUCAUGGUUGGAGCAGGACACAUCAUGUCCAACGUGCAGGAUGUCCCUGAACAUCACUGGUGAUGGGGGCCCUGCCAGGGGUCAGCAACAGGGGGCUGGACUCCCACUAGAGGAUAACCUGGGUCCAGGAGGCCCUGCUGCAGAUGCCAGACCACACCUCAACCAGCACAACCACUUCUUCCACUUUGAUGGCUCCCGCAUCGCCAGCUGGCUGCCCAGUUUCUCGGUAGAGGUGAUGCACACCACCAACAUCUUGGGGAUCGCCCAGCAGGCCAACAACUCCCAGCUCAACGCCAUGGCCCAUCAGAUUCAGGAGAUGUUUCCUCAGGUUCCCUACCACCUGGUGCUGCAGGACCUUCAGUUGACCCGUUCUGUAGAUGUCACCACCGACAACAUUCUAGAGGGACGCAUCGUGGUGCCCUUUCCUGCUCUGAACGCUGAGCGCCCUCCUCCGCCGAUGAACCCAGGCCCAGAGGAGGCUGCGGGAGCCAGUGGAGGGGCGGAGGGAGGCCCAAGUGAGCUGGACAACCUAGAGGUCAGAGGGAGCCGCUUCUCCAAGUCUGCUGAGGAGAGACAGAAGAUGUUGCUGCAGAGGAAAGAUGAGCUUCUGCAGCAGGCGCGGAGGAAAUAUUUAAGGAAGAGCCCAGAGGAUGAAGACCUGCCCACACUGGAGGAAGACGCCCCUGUCUCAGAUCUGACCCGACGCAGAACAAUGGCAGAAGCUGCAGAGAGACGCAUGCAGAGCCCACAGGACCCUGCGCCCUGAGACGAUACUGCACUGGAAAGCACGUAGACGGUCUCGCCUUGAACCCACUCCUAGCCACCUUGGUCUGCAUCACACUCCCCAUGUCUCACCGAAGAAACAUCACCACCACCGCCAUUGGAAAAAGCUAGUACCGCACUCUCUACGUUAUGGACAAUGGAAUUUCUCACACGAGCAGAACAUUACAACGGGUUUUUACCAAGCAUGGGCUUUGGCUGCAUAUAGAGCAGGCGCUCUGCUGUUUUGGGCUGCCUUAGUGAGAUGUAGGAAGGGCUGUAAGAAUGGUAUCAGCCGCUUCUGCUUUGUCAUCCGCCAGACACUUUCCUGGACAUGCAUUGUCAAUGUUUGAACCAACAGAGGAAAGUCUGUAAAGAGUUUCUGAAAUGCACCUUAUAAUGUCUCCUUGCCUAACUGUCAUCACAUAGCCUGACCCCCUGUGUCACUAGACUUGACACUGCUCCUCUUUUACUGGCGAUGACGGGGACAGGAUGGGCAUGGUGUCGGGCAGAAGAUGCAGCUGAGCUUAGUUGGGUUUGUUGAGGUGCUACUGCUAGACACAGCUCAUAGUAUAAUGGAGUGGAACAUAGUUUGUUUCAUAGAUUUUUGUUGAUAUUUGUAUUAUAAUGGAGAUUGAUGUUGACAUAAUGGGUUGGGUUGAGAAACUACUGAUGCAUGUGUUAUUUUAUGAAUAUGGAGUUUCAACUGUGAAUUAAGAGUAGGGUUAACAGAUUAUAACAUUGUAAAGAUUUUUUUUCUUUUAAUCCUGCCUUUGAGUAAGAGAACGUCACUUUAGUAGUCCAAUUUAUUUUAUAAAGCCGUUUUUACAGCAGCAGUAUUGCAGACUCUGAAAUAUGAAUGUACUUUAUCUACUUAAUGCUGCAAAGAGGGUGAGGAGUUUAAUGUCUGGCUAUUGUGGAGACUUGGGAAUAAGUUGUUACCAUUGCGCAAUGUCCUCUGAUUUGAAUGAACACAUCUGAAUUAGACUAUAGUGUUUGAUAAAAAUUCUGGGAUCCCUACAGUUAUACUCUCACCAGUACUGAGAAAGACUUAAAGGACUGAGGCUCCCUAAACACUAGGUCAACCAGUUUUCUCAAUCUACAGUUUGUAUACCUUAAAAACCUUACAAAACAAACCUUUACUACAGCAUGUUAAACAUCCAUUCAUAUAGCUCCAGAAUACUGGACUCAGAAGUUAGGAUUCUGGUUUAGUUUGAAUUUCUGACUGAGCAGAUUAAGAAUAAGCAAUUUGUGGUGUUUUCUCACUCUUGUAUCGGAAGGUUCAUUCUUGCGCGCAGUGUAGGCCUAGGUGUUGGAUGUCUUUGAAAACUCAAAAGGCUUUUUCAAGUUUAAUUUUAAUUGUGCAUGAUUCUCAAAUGGAUUGAUUCCGUUUGUACUUCUACCCCAAAUUACAUUUAUCACCCAAAUUAUACGGAACCCGUGAACACCUAAAUCAAAUAUGUAUUUGCAAUGUUUUACCUUGUAUGUUUGGUACAGGGCAAUGUGUAAAAGCCCUUUACACUUCUGAGUUAAAUAGCCCACUCCCAUAAGGAAUCUGAGUGCUAUGAUGAUGAUCUAUUUCAGUGAAUUUCAAAUUCCACUCGGCCAUACACCAGUUUCAUCGAAUCUGACCGGUCACACUUUCAGAUACCAAAGAAUGUCACUGUUCUCUAAUAUUUGUUAAUUUAGCCUCCUCGUUUAAUCUAAAUGCUUUGAAUUAGCCAUGUUCAAGAGGAUUGAAACCACAAUGUUUAAUGGGUAAAUUGUGACUCCUGACUAAUCUACAAAUAUUAAUGAGGUAGUAUGACAGUCAAUUGCCAUUAAUCGGUAAUCUCCUGCAGUCAUUUUGAACCUCUGAACCAUUUUGGUCUUUGGCUCACAGAAAAGGACAGAGGUAUUCAGAAGCCAAAUAGCUGUGUCAUGGGCUGUCUUUCCAUUUCUAUGCUCAGGUCCAAUUUGAGGGUUAAGCUAAUGCUUUUUUUAUUUGUCCCAUAUUCAACAACAUUUAAAUGGUUAAUGAAACAUCUUAAAAUAUUCAUAAACAUGUUUGUGUUUUCCUUCAUAAUUUCAAGAAUUUGUCCUGAACUCCAAUUCUGUUUAUACGGAAGAUAACUCUUUUAGGUUCUUUCAUUUGGGAUUGUAGGAGGUUUUUUCUAGUUCAGAGAUGCACCUUUUGUCAACAAAAAACUAAGGUUUGAUUGAUCAAACUAGGCUAUUGAUCAGGUCAUAUUUUCACAUCAAUGUCAUAUUUUCGUAUUCAUAAUGGGUUAUUUUUGUAACAAUUGCAUAUUUGAUCUAAUCAAAAAGGACUACGCUUUCUUUUUAUUUUGUGCCUAAAUCCAGAAUGGUUCUUAGGGUUGAUUGUGUAAAUAAUGUAGAUUUUGUAAGAACUGUUCUAUUAAUAUUAACAUUGAAACCAACUCAAUAUUAAACAGCUUCUCUACAGCCUUUUAACAAACCCUA